AUGGCGGCACUGGCGCUGGGCGCCGCAGCGCUGGGCGCCAGCGUGAGCCGUGCUCGCAAGGUGGGUCAGACCCGUGCCUCAGCGGUGGUGCGCCACGCCAAGCCCCACGUGAACAUCGGCACCAUCGGCCACGUGGACCACGGCAAGACCACCCUCUCCGCCGCGAUCUCCCUGGUCUGCGGCCAGUUCAGCACCUCCACAGACACCAAGCAGAAGUCCUAUGAGGAGAUCGACAACGCUCCGGAGGAGCGGAACCGAGGUAUCACCAUCAACGCCUCUCACAUCGAGUACGAGACAGAGAACAGGCACUACUGCCACGUGGACUGCCCGGGCCACGCAGAUUACGUGAAGAACAUGAUCACAGGAGCUUGCCAGAUGGACGGCGGCAUCCUGGUGAUCUCUUCCCCCGAUGGCCCCAUGGCGCAGACGCGGGAGCACAUCCUGCUGUCCAAGCAGGUGGGCGUGCCGAAGCUGGUGUGCUUCAUGAACAAGGUGGACAUGAUGGACGACGAGGAGCUUCUGGAGUUGGUGGAGCUGGAGACCCGCGAAAUGCUCAGCCAGUAUGGCUUCGAUGGCGACGACACACCCUUCAUCCAAGGAUCUGCUCUGCAGGCGCUGGAGGCUAUGAAGGCCAACUCUGCGACCAAGAAGGGUGACAACAAGUGGGUGGACAAGAUCCUGGAGCUGAUGGAGACCGUGGAUGACUAUAUCCCCACGCCGGAGCGCGACACUGACAAACCCUUCCUGCUGGCAGUUGAGGACGUCUUCUCGAUCUCGGGCCGAGGUACGGUGUGCACUGGCCGAGUGGAGCAGGGUAUCGUGAAGAAGGGCGAUGAGGUCGAGAUUUUGGGCCGUGGCAAGAAGCCGCAGAAGUCUGUGAUCACUGGUAUCAAGAUGUUCAACACCGAGUUGCCUGAGGGUCCUGCCGGCUACACCGUCGGCGUGCUGUGCCGUGGCAUUGACAAGGAUUCGGUGUUCCGCGGUCAGGUGAUUUGCGCUCCUGGCGCCACCAAGACCCACACCAAGUUCAAGGCCAACAUCUACUUCGCCAAGAAGGAUGAGGGCGGCCGCAGCAACCCGGUGAUGCCGGGCUACAUGCCUGUCUUCUACUUCCGCACUUGCGAUGUGACUGGCUCCAUUGUCAGUAUGACCAGCUCCGAUGGCAACGAGGUGCAGAUGGCCAUGCCAGGCGAUGACGUGACCUGCGAGUGCGAGCUCAUUGCGGCCACCCCCAUCGAGAAGGGCAUGCGCUUUGCCAUGCGGGAGGGCGGCAAGACCAUCGGCCAGGGCCUCAUCACGGAUGUGCUGACGGCCACCAGCUUCGUGGCCCCCCAGCCAGCGCGGGAGUUGAAGGAGGGGUCCCAGCAUCAGGCGCACGCAAGCUCCCAGAGCUCAUCCAGCGCUUCUUCGGGCGCCUCGGUGGCGGCCCUGGCUCUGGGCGCAGCGGCACUCGGGGCCAGCGUGAGCCGCGGCCGCAAGGUGGGCCAGGCUCGGGCCUCCGCGGUGGUGCGCCAUGCCAAGCCCCACGUGAACAUCGGCACCAUCGGCCACGUGGACCACGGCAAGACCACCCUCUCGGCCGCCAUCUCCCUGGUCUGCGGCCAGUUCAGCACCUCCACGGACACCAAGCAGAAGUCCUAUGAGGAGAUCGACAACGCUCCGGAGGAGCGGAACCGAGGCAUCACCAUCAACGCCUCGCACAUCGAGUACGAGACGGAGAACAGGCACUACUGCCACGUGGACUGCCCCGGACACGCGGAUUACGUGAAGAACAUGAUCACAGGAGCCUGCCAGAUGGACGGCGGCAUCCUGGUGAUCUCUUCCCCCGAUGGGCCCAUGGCGCAGACGCGGGAGCACAUCCUGCUGUCCAAGCAGGUGGGUGUGCCAAAGCUGGUGUGCUUCAUGAACAAGGUCGACAUGAUGGAUGACGAGGAGCUCUUGGAGUUGGUGGAGCUGGAGACCCGUGAGAUGCUCAGCCAGUACGGCUUCGAUGGCGACGACACGCCUUUCAUUCAAGGAUCUGCUCUGCAGGCGCUGGAGGCUAUGAAGGCCAACUCUGCGACCAAGAAGGGUGACAACAAGUGGGUGGACAAGAUCCUGGAGCUGAUGGAGACUGUGGAUGACUAUAUCCCCACGCCGGAGCGCGACACUGACAAACCCUUCCUGCUGGCAGUUGAGGACGUCUUCUCGAUCUCGGGCCGAGGUACGGUGUGCACUGGCCGAGUGGAGCAGGGUAUCGUGAAGAAGGGCGAUGAGGUCGAGAUUUUGGGCCGCGGCAAGAAGCCACAGAAGUCUGUGAUCACAGGCAUCAAGAUGUUCAAUACCGAGUUGCCUGAGGGUCCUGCUGGCUACACCGUCGGCGUGCUGUGCCGCGGUAUUGACAAGGAUUCGGUGUUCCGCGGUCAGGUGAUUUGCGCUCCUGGCGCCACCAAGACCCACACCAAGUUCAAGGCCAACAUCUACUUCGCCAAGAAGGAUGAGGGCGGCCGCACCAACCCGGUGAUGCCGGGCUACAUGCCCGUCUUCUACUUCCGCACUUGCGAUGUGACUGGCUCCAUUGUCAGUAUGACCAGCUCCGAUGGCAACGAGGUGCAGAUGGCCAUGCCAGGCGAUGACGUGACCUGCGAGUGCGAGCUCAUUGCCGCCACCCCCAUCGAGAAGGGCAUGCGCUUUGCCAUGCGGGAGGGCGGCAAGACCAUCGGCCAGGGUCUCAUCACAGACGCCCAGUAA